CAGGAAACAAAGUGCUCCUAUAAAAGCUAAUCAUGCAAUGGUAUCUCCAAACUUUGUGGCAGCAGCUGUUGUGUGAGCGAGCGCAGGAGAAUCGCAUUGAUUGCUGAAUCCACUGAGACAAGAGAAGGAACCAGAAACAAUGAAAGUCUGUCUGUGCAUCCUGCUAUUUACCCACCUGUUCUUUUAUACUAUAGCUUUAAAUUGUGAAGUGAUUCCUGGCACCCUGAAGCAGAUUGACGCUGGGCUAGGGGUAGUAGGUGGCGUGAACGAUGACAACGAGGUCUUCCUGUUCCUUGGGACCAGUUUUGAAAGGAUAAGAUCAUCCCUGAAGCACUUUACCGUCGGACCUUCUGGAGAACUAGGGGCUAAUUCAUCAAACAAUGUUUUCAAGUUUGCGGACGGAAGCUUCAAGCAGAUUCCAAACAUUCAACUCAAACAAGUAGAUGCCGGAGGUGACCAGAUCAUUGUAGGUGUUUCACCCGUAGAUGAUGUCUUCUGCUUAAAUAAGGAUGCUAACAACGUCAAGCUAUCCGGCGAUGCUCCUUGGGUCCAGCUUGCGGGAAAGCUGCAGUACUACAGCUGUGGCCCGUACAGCUGUUGGGGAGUGAACGCCGCAGGGAACAUCUUCAUCAGAAGAUCUGUCACUGGUGCUUCCUGCGGAGGGUCAGGUGCUUUUGAGGCCGUUGCUGGAGCUCUGUCCAUGGUCGAAGUAGCUAGCGAUGGAAACGUCUUUGGUGUAGACCCUCAGGGGAAUUUAUUGCAAAGAACUAGUGUCUCGGUUUCGAAUCCCUUUGGAUCAAGUUGGGUAUUUGUUACAGUCUGUCCCAAUGGCCACAAGCACGUGACUUACGAUCUGGGGAGGCUGUAUGUCAUCUGUAGCGACGGAUCCAUCAGGAGAUGCAUUUAAAUGUCCAACAAAAGAGCUCCAAUAUCAUUAUAAAUGAAAUCUCUUUCAUUUCUUUGCUUGCUGGACUAUUUUAUGAUUUAUGAUUUCACAUUAUUUUUGUCAGUAAAGUUCAAUAAAGUGCUCUGUCAACGUC